AUGGCCAAAAAAAAUGCCAAGAAGGAAGCCACAGGCAGGAACUCGCAAGGAGACGCCGAAGAGGAGGGAACAUUCUCACUGGCCAGUGAGGACGUCCUGAGGAAUAGAACCAUAAAGAGAGCCAAGCGGAGACAAGCCCGCCCCCAACCCGAUGGUAAAGGGACUUCCAAAGGGAUUAAAAGUUUGGCUGUGCCUUCCCGGAGAGGAGAAUUUGGAGGUGGCCCUGGAGAGAAGCCCCAGGAAGUAUUGACAACCAGAAGAAACCCAGCCAGGGCUGCAGCAGAGCCCAAGGCAGCUUUGGGUUCUGUUACUGCAAAUGAACCCCCCUCUUUGCAGCAUGAGCAGAUCUCAGAUGCCCAGACUAAUGUCCACAGUCAGCAGCCUGUCUCCCCUGGCCUCGCUUUCAGUCAAGCCUGCGCUGGGAGUGUCUACCACAGGCAGUUGACUGGCCUGAACUGCUCUGUCCGAGACUGGAUAGUGAAGCACGUGAACGCCAAUCCGUUCUGCGAUCUGACGCCCGUGUUUAAGCAAUAUGAGAAAUACUUGGCUGCCAUCGAAAAGCAACUCCAUAGCAGCUGCGGCUGUCUCUCGGAAAGCCAGCCCAACCGGGGCUUUGUGGCUGCCACACAGCCUCCUUUCUUAGGUGUUGCCACUGAACUACAGCCAGAGUUGGUCACAUCUGAAAACACAGAGUUUAUGUGUGAGAAGAAAGCUGACUCAGCACAAGGAGCAACGAGUACCUCCUGUAACUUUGGCAAAAACGUUGAGACCUCAGUUUGGGGUUCCCUCAACUCUGGUCCCAUGCACCGAGUUUCAUCAGCCACCAGAAGCUCCAAUGUAAGUGGGAAAGGUACCACCCGGAAGAAGCCAGCGUCUGCCAAAGCUCUGAAGAUUCCAGCACAAGGCAGCAGUGAGGAAUACAAAGGUAAAAGGGACGAGCCACCCAUAGUGCUCCUUGUAGAAGAGGAUGAAGAGGAGAGUGCUUUCUACUGCAAGAAGUGUAAACUAUUUUACAAGAGAGACAACGAAUUUAAAGAAAAAGGUGUUGGCACGCUGUAUUUAAAAUCCACAGCCAAUCAGAAGACGAGGCUAUUAGUGCAGGAUACUAAGUUAGGCAGCAUACUCCUGAACAUUCUGAUCCCACCCGAUAUGCCAUGUACCCGGAUGGGGAAAAAUAAUGUCCUUAUCGUCUGUGUACCCGACCCACCGCUUGAUAAGAAGAACGCCACCGUCAAGGUCACCAUGCUAAUUCGGGUAAAAACAAGUAAGGAUGCUGAUGAGCUGCACAAAAUUUUGCUGGAGAAAAUGGAUGCCUGAACACACGGAAUCCACCCGGGAACUUACCAAGUUCCUGCUCUUUUGCUCCAUCCCCAAAUGUAAUUUUUCAUCCUUUUACUUAUGAUACCCUAAGAGCUUCCAAUAACAAAAAUGUUGUGAGCACAAUUAAGACCAACAAAAACUUCAGUGUUCAGUUGAGUGUAGAGAAAGGGUCCUCCCUUCUUAAGAGCCACCUAACAUGCAAAAUACAUUUGAAUAAAAAAGGUUUUGA